CUCUCUCUUUCUCUCUCUCUCUCUCUCUCUCUCUCCAGCAUCUCUCCUGCAGCUCGAAUUUUCCACAGAGCUGACCGAAGGCCCGGUGCUGCAGCUCCUCUCCUCCUCCUCCUCCUCCUCUUCCUCCCUGUAUGUGUGAGUGCGUGUGUGAGAGUGUAUUCCGGAUGCAGUGAGGGUCCUGCAGGCUGCCAGCCCCCCAAAAACUCAAGCAAUGGCCAGAAUGAGUUUGCUCUCCUUUCUCCUCUUUUGCUUGACUUCCGUUGCUCAUGGCAACAAAGCCAAUAAGCACAAGCCAUGGAUCGAAACAGAAUAUCAGGGCAUAGUCAUGGAGAACGACAACACGGUUCUGCUCAACCCCCCUCUCUUCGCCCUGGAUAAGGACGCACCUCUGCACUACGCAGGUGAAAUCUGCGGGUUCCGUGUCCAUAACGGCCCGGGCGGUUCUGGGGCUGCCCAGUUCGAGGCGGUCGUGUUGGACCGCUCCACCGGGGAGGGCCUAGUGCGCUCCAAAGAGCCGCUGGACUGCGAGAGCCAGAGGGAGCACAGCUUCACCAUCCAGGCCUACGACUGCGGAGAGGGACCCGACGGCACCAACAGCAAGAAAUCACACAAAGCAACAGUUCACGUGCGAGUGAACGAUGUGAACGAGUUUUCUCCGGUGUUUGUGGAGCGCCGGUAUGAGGCGUCCGUCCCUGAGGGUCGUCUGUUCGACCGGAUCGUUCGUGUUGAAGCUUUGGACGCUGACUGUUCACCCCAGUACAGCCAGAUCUGCUUCUACGACAUCAUCACCCCCAAUGUCCCCUUCGCCAUUGACAACGACGGGAACAUUAAGAACACUGAACCUCUGGACUCGAAGAAGCAGCGUGUUCACAGUUUCUGGGUGACUGCGUUUGACUGCGGGAAGAAUCGAGCUCAGGCUGAUGCUCAGGUCGUCAUUACAGUCAAACCCUCCUGCAAGCCUGGCUGGAUCGGCUGGUCGAAGCGAGUUGAAUACACGCCGGGCUCCGGCAGCAUCCCCCUCUUCCCCAACCUGCACCUGGAGACGUGUGAGGAGACGGUUUGGAACAUCCAGGCCACCGUAGAGCUCCAGACAGGCCACAUUGGGAAAGGCUGUGACCGGGACAGCUACUCGGACCGCUCCGUCAGGAGGCUCUGCGGUGCUGUGAGGGGUGAGGUCGACCUGCUCCCGCCUCCCUCUCCUGCAGCCAAUUGGACAGCGGCGCUGCCCACUCUGCCCUCCUCUGAUUCAUCAUUGGUCUUCUCCUUCAAUGGCUCUGCCCACGUCGCCGUGGUGCCCGACUCGGUCGCCUCCAUGGUGUCAGGGGACCACUUCACCCUCCAGCUGUGGAUGCGAAGGGGCGGGGCCAGCACUCAGCCGCCAGCCAAUCAGGCGAGAGGGACCCGCAAAGAAGAAGAAACCAUCAUCUGCAGCACGGUGAAGAACGAUGACUCGUAUUCGCACUACUCCCUGUCUGUGCACGGCUGCCGCCUUUCUCUCUUCUACUGGCCAGACGUGUCGGCUGCGCGGCCGGUCAAAUUCCUCUGGAAGCUGGAGCAGGUUUGUGACAGUGAGUGGCAUCACCUCUCCCUCAGUGUGCAGUUCCCCUCCGUCACACUCUACGUAGACGGCGUGACCUUCGAUCCAGCGCUCAUCCACGAUAACGGAGCCAUCCCUAACCCAGCCCCACGCCAGCGGCUGGUCAUUGGAGCAUGCUGGGAGCCAGAGGAGAAGCAGAAAGAUAUUCUAAACAACAGCAUCCCCGAAGGCAAGGACACAGGGAAGUUUGUGGGUGGUUACCGGGGCCUGUUGUCGGGGGUGACGGUACGUCCGGGAAGCGUGGAGCCCCACAGUGUAGUGGAGUGUCUGUACGCCUGCAGAGAGGGCCUGGAUUUCGGGGACCUGGAGACUCUAGGCUCUGGCAUGAAGGUCCAUGUUAACCCCAGUCAGUCGGUGCUGGUUCUGGAGGGAGACGACAUCGAAAGCUUUAACCGUGCCGUCCAGCAGGUGACCUACCGGAACUCUCUACGCUUCGCCACGCCUGGAGUCCGACCUCUAAAGCUCACCACGUCCCUCAGGUGCUUCAGUGAGGAGAGCUGCCUCUCUCUGAGGCAGCUGGAGGGUUAUUUGGUGGUUCUUCAGCCCGACGCCCCCCAGAUUUCUCUCUCGGGGGUUGGUCCCCACCUGGCCCGCCCGGCCCCGGAGUUCGAGAGUCCGCGUGGGGUCCCCCUGUUCCCCGAGCUCCGCAUCGUCUGCUCCCUUUCUCACGCUGUCAACACGGCCGCUCAGGGCAUGGAGGGAGGAGCGCUCAUGUCAGACGCAGUGGCCCACACUCUGGACGGCUGUGAGGUCCAGCCCCUGGGGGAGGAGCUAAACCCAGAGAAGGAGGAGCUUCUGGUGGAUAUGGAGUCUUUGAAAGAGCAAGGGCUGGACAUCAUCAACACCACAGCCUACAUCGCCAUCACUGGGGCGGAGUCAAUCUCAGUGUACGAGGAUGUCCUGCGUUCUAUUCGCUACAGACUAGCAAAAGGCUCCGCCCGCUUCGAGAGGAGGUUCAGACUGUCCUGUUCAGAAAUGAACGGACGCUACACCAGUAACGAGCUCACACUGGAGGUGAACUUCCUGCACUCUCUGGACAGUCUGUAUCACCCCUCACACCUGCUGGCCUCUCAGCAGCAGUUCCUCCACCCGUCUCAUCACACAGGAGAGCUGAGCGGACACACACUGCCCAAUCCGCACCGCAACUCAGUAGUUCCGGGAGCUGCCACUGUCAUCAUCAUGGUCUGUGUGGGGUUCUUGGUCGUCAUGGUGAUCCUCGGGGUGUUCCGCAUCCGCUCCAUCCAUCGCCGUGGAGACGGAGCCAGGGGUGGCGGCAAAGAAGGCAGCAACCAGUGGGACGAUUCGGCCCUCACCAUCAUUGUGAACCCCAUGGAGACGUACGAGAACCGCAUGGGCAUGGCGGCGGAUACAGAGGGGGAAGGCGACGACGAAGAGGAGGUGGUGGAGUCUCCUGACGACACGGGCGACGACCAGCGGAUCAUCAUCAAGAAGGAGGGAAGAGACUCCGCCCCCCGUCGCUACUAAACGAAACGCCCGCACACGUGAAACAUGAAACCCAUGAUAAGCCACACACAGCGUAAAGAUAUUGGAUAUCAGCCUUCGUGAAUGCAUUGUCUCUGGAAUGUAUGCUCACACAAACACGAUGCACAACGCCCAGCCGACGUUUAGGCCACAUUUAACCCAACACUCCUCCACGUAUGUAUGGCACAACGAUGUAAAACUACUGUAUGUAUAUCACUCGUCUAAUCCCUUCGGUGAAUGUGAUCAUUGCACUGUAUCUAAAACCACUGAGAACACCGGGUAUCAUUACAGACGAAUGUAAGCUAAAGUGAUUUACGUUACUAUAGAAAUUAGCCACUUAAAAAGUGCAGUGAAAUCAAGGUUUUACGAGUUAAUCAUGUUUUAACGUAAUAGUAGCGUGAUUCACAUUAACUCAGCGUUGUUGUCGUUUGUCUGUACAAUCUUUUUUU